AGCCCUGUGAGUGGAGGAGGGGAAGGUGCACAGUAUUAGCGCUGUAAAAGCCGGUGUUGCCAGAUUGGUCGUCUAACCUCGGAAGUCGGUUAUUAUUUAUUUGCAUUAGACUGUAAACAUGGCGUUUUGCUGGUAGAGUAAAAAUUACUCAGCGUCUCGGUUCGGAAGGUUUCUGUUCGAGCUGGAUUACAGUCAAAUACUCUAACACUGUGCACAAUCUGGCAACCUCAGUGCACGGAGGGUAAAGUAAAUCAAGCGGGUUCUCUGAUCCAUACGGCUUCAUCUCUCUCUCUCACACACACACACACACGCGCGCGCGCGCACUGUAACCGGAGACGCAGUGGGCAAUGAGAGUGAAGCAGGGGGCCGAGGGAGGACUGCCGUGUACCACAGAGGAGGAGCUGCUGAAGAAGCCCGUGAUAACGCCGGAGGAUGUGCUCGGCCUGCAGAGGAUCACCGUCAAUUACCUAUGUAGUCCGGAGGAUAAUGUCCACAAAAUCGAGUUCACCAGGUUCAAGAUCCGCGACAUGGAGACAGGCACAGUUCUUUUUGAGAUCACUAAGCCUCCUGCUCUGGAGAGCACAGAGGACAGAAGAAAGGACCUUGACCCCAAUGCCGGGCGCUUUGUGCGCUACCAGUUCACUCCAGCUUUUCUGCGGCUACGACAAGUCGGAGCUACGGUGGAGUUCACAGUAGGAGACAUUCCCAUCAACAACUUCCGCAUGAUCGAGAGGCACUACUUCCGAGGACGGCUACUGAAGAGCUUCGACUUUGAGUUUGGUUUCUGUAUCCCCAGCAGCAAGAACACCUGUGAACACAUCUAUGAAUUUCCUCCGCUCUCUGAGGAGCUCAUGAAUGAGAUGAUCCAAUACCCAUACGAGACCCAGUCGGACAGCUUCUACUUCGUGGAUAACAAGCUGGUGAUGCACAAUAAAGCAGAUUACUCCUACAGUGGCGGCCCAUAGGAGCUUUAUCAGAAACAUGGACUGAAGCAUUAAGGCUCCCAAUCCAGUCUUGGAAUAUUUGUUUGGCAAAAAAACACCCCAACCUCAGGGUUUGUAUGUAAGAAUGAGCCUGUGUGUGUGUGUGUGUGUGUGUGUGUGUGUGUGUGUGUGUGUGUGCCAGAAAGCCGGAAAAGACAAUUCUACACUGAAAAAGUGGAUCCUACUGAGCCCUCAUAUUGUGUUAUUCCUAGAAUAGUUUCUUUAUGAUUGUUGCCUAUAACAGUGUGUGUCUCUGCAUGUAUGUGAGUGUAUAGUUGUGUAUACAUUCAUGUGCAUUAAUAGAUUGCAUGACUUGUUUUUUUGUUUGUUUGUGCUCUUGUGUGUUUUGUGUAAUACUUAAAAUCUUUAUGUAGAGUUCAUUCCCUCAAUAUCCACUAUUUACUUACUCUUACUACUCUGUAUGCAGUAGGGAUGCACUGAUACCACUCUUUUUUUCAGAGUUUGAGUACGUUUUUGGUACUCAUCAGUAAUGAUACCAAAAAGAGUAACCUACUUGGUAUUAAGCAAAUAGAGAAGUCACAGAACAUGCCAUUUAGCUCUGUUUGUUUCCUCUGUUUAAAUAAUGGCCAUUAAAAGUGCAUACGUGCAUCUAGGUUGCUAUGCUCAUUCUUAAUAACGUUAGCUAGUUGAUUUUAAAUGAAGUGCAUUAGCUAGCUAUAUUACCUUGGACGAAGUAGGAUUGCAGCAGAGAGCGGAGUUUGUUUCACUUCUGGAAAAAAGCUUCUGUAGGCUACAGCUGUAAACAAAGUAUGUGUCCUUGUCUUCAAUGCAUAUGAAUCCCUCGUUAUCACUGAUGAUGGCUGAUCUUCAAGAACAAUAUACCAGGUAGAAGCUGUUAUUUUCAGUCACCUUAUGUUGUCUUUAGACAUUUUUUUUGUCACCUAGCUAGCAUUUUCACUAGGCUUAAAGUAAGUUACAAAGUAUCACUUUGUAUCAUCUUGGUAUUGGAGCAUUUUUACAAAUAUGAAUAUUAGUAAAUGAGCUCGGUAUUUGAACGAUGACCGGUAUCAUUACAUCCCUAGUAUACAGGGAUAAAAAAAUAACAUACAUAACAUUCCAAAUAAUAUUCAAUAGUCAAACCUUUCCUACUGUGUAGUUUUGGACAUUUUGUGGUCAUUACCUUGAACCGAGAGAGAGAGUGUGUGUGUGUGUGUGUGUGUGUUUGUCUGAGAGCUGUGUGAGCAUGAGCUCUAUGUGCAAUUACUGACAGAGGUGAAAGGGUUUAGCCCCCUGCCCUUAGACAAGUUUUUUUAUUUAAUUAAACAUAGUUGAUUUGGUUGAUCGUUGAUUGCAAAUGUGUUCAUUUAUGCUCUUUGUCUGAAGUAUAUUUUAAUAGCCAUGUAAAAAAAAAAAAAAAUUCAGAGAGAGAUCUAUAUUAUGUGUUGGGUAGUUUAUACAUCAUGGUGAUUGUGUUUAUUAAUGUUAUCACUGUUAACUCUAUAUUCUUGAAAUAAAUAUGGUUUCUUUAUUAAAUGCUCCACAACAAUGAGAAA